UUUUAUCUGCGGAACCUUCAAACAAGCGCCUCUCCAAACACGGGAAAGGGGGAGUGGUAUCAGUGUGACACACUCGCCAAAUGUCAACAAUGUGAAAAGAAGGUUCUUUGACUGCGGUGUGAGAGGUUAAACCAAGAUGGCCGCCCGCCGUGUCCCACUAGUCUUGUUAGCCUGCGGCUCGUUUAAUCCAAUCACCAACCAGCACAUGAGGCUGUUCGAGUUGGCCAGAGACCACAUGCACAGCACAGGCCAGUACCAAGUGGUGGGUGGCAUUGUGUCCCCAGUGAGUGACAGCUAUGGAAAGCAAGGCCUAGUACUGGCUAAGCAUCGUGUUGCUAUGGCAGAGCUGGCGCUUCAGAGCUCCAACUGGGUCACAGUUGAUGAAUGGGAGAGCCAGCAGCCAGACUGGACGGAGACAGUGGUCACUAUGAGGUAUCAUUACGGGCGUAUUCUAAAGGAGUAUGAGCGGAGCGUGGGAAUGCACAACAACUCGGAUCUGUCUCCCCAGCUGAAGCUUCUGUGUGGGGCAGAUUUCCUAGACACCUUCAAGAUCCCCGGCUUGUGGCGGGACGACCACGUCGAGGAGCUGGUCGGGCAUUUUGGCCUCGUCUGCGUCAGUCGAGGGGAGCUGCAGCCCGAGCGGGCCGUGCACGAGUCGGACCUGCUGUCCUACCGCAGGCACAACAUUUUCCACGUGAGGGAGUGGGUGAAGAACGAGACGAGCGCCACGGAGGUCCGCCGGGCACUGAGACGGGGUCUGAGUGUGAAGUACUUGCUUCCAGACUCUGUGAUAGAAUAUAUUCACCGGCACAACCUUUACACAGAAGACAGCGAGAUGAGAAAUAAGAGCGCGGUGCUGAGGCCGCUCGUUAAACAGGCACAAGAGCCGGUAAAGAGUCUAGACGACUGAUGGAGCCCUCGAAGGGUGAAUUCACUCACAGAUGAGUGCUUGUCUUCAGGGAAUGGAAGCUCUGUUGGCCUAAGUGUGUUUUCCAGGCAUCACUUUAACUUUUUUUUCUUUUUUUUAGUAAGAAGCAUCCAAACACAGACAUGGUGUUUUCAGAAGUGAUGCAAAUACUGAGCCACAUCUUCAUCCUACAUUUUUUCAUAGAGAUUUUUCACCAUUCAGUGUUUUUACUCAUUGGACUUGAUGGCAGUUCUAUUAAUUCAAAUAAAUAUUUUUUGUAUUCCCUCA